GGUACUUCUUUCCUCCGGGCCUCUAAAAUUCACCGAAGUACCUCCCUCUAUGAGGUGAAAGGACAAAACACAGCAAGUCAAGAUGACAACAUUGCGGCCGUUUACCUGCGAUGAUUUAUUUAAAUUCAACAAUAUGUGAGUGAAAUCUUUUCAGCUGUAUCAUACAGAGUUUCUUAGUACCAGACAUGUUGUGUUAAUUUGGUAAACAGAUCUCUACUUCCUGUUCUUUGCAGCAACAUUAGCAUGCUAACCAGACCCCAGGUGGGGCAGAGGUGUUACCGUUUAAAUAGUGACCCGGCUAACUGGUGACUUCCGGUCAAAUUCAGUCGGUGGUUUCCGUGGUUAUUUGCCUUUGAUACACAAGAAUUCAUCCUUUAUGCAUCUUACACUUUCUGUCUUAUCACACUAUCACAGUAUACCGAUCAAAUCUGACUGUAACGAUAAACUAAGGGGAAAAGCAAUGGACGCGCUCGGCUGAAAGCCACAAGUAAACACGGUCACAAUUUAAAUCGAAACACCAGCUUGAAAGACUGCCUCGCAAAACCCCGUAUAAGGAAUCAGAGGACAUAGUGGUAACAUUGAUAGCAUUUGAAAAGAAAGGACUUUAAGCUUAAUUGAUAUAUCAUUUGAUUCUCUAAAUUGUUCUCAUGGAAUCGGCAUAUAUUUGAUAGAUUAUUUUUUUUAUUGUAUGGGUAAAUAUUAUCAUUUAUGUGCUCUGUUAUGCUAGCUACUAUGCUAACAUAACUAGAAAAUACACCAACAGCAGGUAGCAUCAGCAGAGUAAUAAUACAUUCUUUUUGAAGCAUGAGUAUUUCGUAUUAUCGUUAAAAAUAGUAUGUAGUAGCUAACACAUUGUGUCUUUUAUUUCUUUAAAAUUGCAAGUGUAUCAUACCAUAUCAGAAUGUUAAUAUUGUUCUACUUUUAUAAAACUCGCUAGUAAAUACUGUCAUUUUUGUCAUUUUAACCUGUUAUUUACUGAACAGCAUACCUUUUCUAGUAUCACACCUCUCUCCUUUUCAUUGUGUCAUUCAUUAUUUCAACAGUGUUUUCUUGUUUGCUUGUUUUGUCUUGUGUAGCUGAUUCUGUUUUCUAUAAGAUAGAUAAUGGGCUAUCUUAAUUUUACGUUAUACUUAACACUGUUGGUUUGGAUUUUCAACUAGAGAUAAUGAUAUGCCCUUUCAAUGUUAGUAUUCACAUCUGAUAAGACAUUGAUUUAGGAUUUCUUGUUUUUCUUUCUUCAACAGAAAUUUGGACCCUUUGACUGAAACUGUAUCCUUCUUUUACAGAUAAAUAUAUUUGUGUAUGGCAGUGGUGUUAUCACAUUAUUGUUUUUAUUAUUUAACCUGUGACUUCCUGUUAUUAACACCUGGUUUUUAAAUCUACUGUGGUUUUACUUUGUGCUGUUAAAUUUGCCUCUGAAGCACAAAAAGCUAGAGUUGCUUAGAUCCUGUUAUGGGAACAAAGUGCUCCUCUUUGUAUUUUUCUUUGACCUUUGACCUCCAGUAUGGGAUCCCCUUUUACCUGCAGUACCUGGCUCACUGGCCGGAGUAUUUUAUUGUUGCAGAGGCUCCAGGUGGAGAGCUGAUGGGCUACAGUAAGUUACCUUUAUUUCUGUGUUAAACGAUUAUAUUGAACUUUUUCAUAAUUAUUUAAGUGCAUGCAUAUUCUAACUAGUUUUUUAAUUCAUUUUUCACAUUACAAAAAUCUACUUGACAGACUUUUAUUUAGAAGGGUAUAAAACAUUAUUUCAGAUUAGUUAGUUCGUCUCAUGAAUCACGUUUCGCUCUCAUCAGACCCUUUGUUUGAUUACUGUACAAUAAACUCUCAGUAAAGCUUGUAUUCACCUCGACAUCAUGUCUGACUUGUGACUCGUUGCUUUCUUGCAGUCAUGGGGAAGGCAGAGGGAUCUGUGGCUCGAGAAGAGUGGCACGGUCAUGUCACAGCGCUCUCUGUCGCCCCUGAGUUCAGACGACUCGGACUCGCUGCCAAACUGAUGGAGAUGCUGGAGGAGAUUUCAGAGAGGUUUGUACCACCGGAAUCUGGAGGAAAUCACUCAUCAGGGGCUGUUAAGACCAUGGUUACAGUGCAGACACAAAAAAAUCUGUGUACUUUUUUCAAAACCUUUUAGAACUUCUGGGACCCCCUAAUUUCUCUGUUUUCUUUCUUUUGGACUAUAUUUCUCUUCCAUAUUUGCACCCCUGACCUCAGUCCAAAAUAAAAAAGGAUAUUAAUAGAUUGACUUGAAGUCUGUGAAUGUUUUGCACUCAGGAAACAUUUAUGUUGAGUUAGAUAUAUGGCCUUUCCGUACAUUAUAUGAUCCAAGAGUUAUUCACCAUCAGUGUUAUUAAAGUUCAGUAAAUCUCUAAACACACUCCACUUUAUUCUGAUGUAGUAAGAAGUUUAAAAACUCUGGAAUCAUGUUAAGUUUGUCUUGUCUCAUAGGAAAGGCGGGUUCUUUGUGGAUCUCUUCGUUCGGGUCUCGAACCAGGUGGCGGUGAAUAUGUACAAACGUCUAGGCUACAGUGUCUACAGGACGGUCAUUGAGUAUUACUCGGCGAGUAACGGGGAGCCGGAUGAAGAUGCUUACGGUGAGAAAUGUUACAACUGCUGGACCAAGUUAUUAAAGGAAAUACAGUUUCAAUUAUUUUAUGUUUGUGAGAUUUUCUCAACUAUGAACAGUCUGUCCGUCUGUAUGAAAACUGUUCAGUCCACUGAUAUUUUUAAUAAACUCGAUUUAAGUUUAGCUUGUCUUUUUAUAACCUAUACUUCAAAUUUUUUGCAGCUCUUUGCUGAAACACUCCUGAUUUUACCCUAACUGUACACACGCAAAUCAUUAUGUAUCAUAUUUACAGACAGCAGAGGGCGCUGUUUGACAAGAAGUAGACACUACACUAGAACUGACCGUGUAUCCCUCUUUUUUGUUGCAGAUAUGAGGAAAGCUCUAUCCAGAGACACGGAAAAGAAGUCCAUCAUCCCACUGCCACACCCUGUCAGGCCUGAGGACAUUGAAUAACAGUAGACUGUGGCUCUCUGCACCCUGAUAAUCACCUGAAUCCAUUCAGCUCCUGCUCACUAACCUUGUACAUAUCUGCUAACUGUUACCGUGAGUUCAAGCAGAGAGCCACUGACUGUGAAAACUGAACAAUACCUGAAUCUUUCUGCUUUAUUUCUCAUAAAUCCUACAAAAAGGAGAAACAGGAGAAGAAGCAGGUUUGAGUUCAUCUUUGUAUAAUGUCACAGCUGCAAAGAAAACAUCUUGGUACAAUAAAGACUGCUCCAGGACUGA